AUGACUAAUGAUAAUCAACAACCUAUAGAAGGACAGGAAGGUGAAAAGAAAUUGUCAAAAAAAGAACUUAAUAAGUUGGCACGUGCAGCAAAAAAAGCUGAAGCUAAAAAUAAAAAUUCUGGUAAUGAAAAUCAACAAGAAGGAAAUGAAAAUAAAGAUUUGACUAUUGAUGUAUCUGAAGGUUUAUAUGGAUCAUAUGGAUUAAUUCAAUCUGGUGAUAAAAAAGAUAUUACUUUUACAGAAGUUAAAAACAUUAAUUCAAGCCUUGAUAAACAAAAUGUUUGGAUUCGUGGUCGUCUUCACAAUUCACGUGUUAAAGGAAAAACUGCUUUUCUUGUUAUUCGCCAACGUAUACACUCUAUUCAAGCUUUAAUGUUUGUUGGUGAAAAAAUUUCAAAACAAAUGAUUAAAUUUGUUGAUUCAGUACCAAAAGAAUCUAUUAUUGAUAUAUUUGGAGAAGUUUCAACUGUACCUCAAGAAAUUCAAUCCUGUACACAAAAGGAUGUUGAAAUAAAUAUUAAACAAUUUUUUGUUGUUUCUUUAGCUGAACCAAGAUUACCUCUUCAAAUUGAUGAUGCUUCAAGAAAACAAGAUGAUAACAAUGAAUUAUCGACUGUUAAUUUAGAUACAAGACUUGAUAAUAGAGUUAUUGAUCUUAGAACUGCAACAAGUCAAGCUAUUUUUACAAUUCAAGCUGCUAUUGUGAAUUCAUUUAGAAAUAUAUUGACAGAGAAGGGAUUUGUUGAAAUUCAGGUACCAAAAAUUAUACCUGCAGCAAGUGAAGGUGGUGCUAAUGUUUUUACUGUUUCUUAUUUUAAAGGAUCAGCAUAUCUUGCUCAAUCUCCACAAUUAUACAAACAAAUGGCUAUUGCUGCUGAUUUUGAUAAAGUUUUUACAAUUGGACCUGUAUUUAGAGCUGAAGAUUCUAAUACACAUAGACAUAUGACAGAAUUUAUUGGUCUUGACUUAGAAAUGGCAUUUAAAUUUGAUUAUCAUGAAGUUUUAGAAGUUAUUGGACAGACAUUAACAUCUAUUUUUAAAGAUCUUCAAAAUAAUUUUGCUUCUGAAAUAGAGACAGUCAACAAACAAUAUCCUGCAGCACCAUUCAAAUUUUCUGAAAAACCUCUUAUCUUAGAAUAUAGUGAAGGAGUUGCUAUGCUUCGUGAAGCUGGUGUAGAAAUUGGAGAUGAAGAAGAUCUUUCAACACCAAAUGAAAAACUUCUUGGUCGUCUUGUCAAAGAAAAAUAUGAUACUGAUUUCUACAUUCUUGAUAAAUUUCCUUUAGCUAUUCGUCCUUUCUAUACAAUGCCUUCUGCAACCAAUCCAUCAAUAUCAAAUAGUUAUGACAUGUUUAUGAGAGGAGAAGAAAUUUUAUCUGGAGCUCAAAGAAUUCAUGAUCCAACACUUUUAACAGAAAGAGCAAAACAUCAUGAAAUUGAUAUAACAAAAAUUCAAGCUUAUAUUGAUGCUUUUAAGUAUGGAUGUCCACCUCAUGGUGGUGGUGGUAUUGGAUUAGAACGUGUAGCUAUGUUAUUCUUGGGUCUUCAUAAUAUAAGACUUGCUUCAAUGUUCCCAAGAGAUCCUAAAAGAGUUUCACCUUAA